CUGUUUCUUAAGUUAUUAUCAAUGAACUAUUUCUUUCUUAAGUUAUUAAAUUUGUUUUUGCUUGAAUUUCCAUUGAGGAAUGCAAGUUCAUUCCCUUUUACCCUUUGAUUGCUAGGCUUAUUGUGAAUGGCUUAGGAAGAAUGGUCUUAAUAUCGCUCUUUUCGAAUGUGAUUUAUGAAUAUUCAUUAGUAUGUGUGGAUCAGAUCCUUUUCCAGCAGAAACACUUCCAGACACAUCUUACCAUGUAGUGCUCGUACCGGAGUAGUUUCUUUCCUUAGUAUUGUUUUGAAUGGCUUGGAUGGCAACAAGGCCAGUUCAUAGUUACUCUAUUGUUAAGAAGUUUGUGCGUGUAUUUAUGUAUUACACUUACACAUCUGUUCUGUCCCUCUUGCAAUCUUAGCACGCUUUGCAAUCAGCCUAACUAAUCUACUAUGACAUAUCUUGAGGUAAUGUGCUAUUCUUAUCCUUUAUUUCUUGUUUCGUAACCAAGAAGUGGUUUCCAAUUCCAAUACAACUGACCUUAUCCUGCUUUGCAGUUAACUAAGUUCUUCUAUUAUAAAAUGCUCAUAUGGAUUCUCUUGUAUUCAUUUCUGUUGCUAGAUUGGAAAUGUGAUACCAUUCAUGGCCUCUUUAAGAUGCAAUAUAAUUACUCUUACAUCGCUCCCCAAGUAUACCAAUGGGAGCAGCAAGUUUUAAAUAAUAGAGGGAAGUUUAUGCAGCACAGAUUCUGAAUGAGGUAUGGACACAGAUGGGGAA